AUGCAUGGCACUACAAGGGGGGGACGGGGACAGGAUCACGGGGGAGACACACAGGCCUGGAAUGCUCAGGUGCAAGAACAGAAGAUGAGAGAAGCAGCUGAAAAAACACGAGAGGAAGCAUUUGCUGCUGAAAUUAAGCAGAAUGACAAAAUCACGUGCAUAUUAGAAGGCCGGGAAAGGAGAGACAGGAAAAGUCUCUGCAGAGCUAUCAAUGACUUCCAGCAGACCUUUCAAAAGCCAGAAACUCGCCGUGAAUUUGACUUGUCUGACCCCCAAGCCCUUAAGAAAGCGCUUCCAGCUGGGAUUUCAGAUGAUGGUGAGAAUGCAGUCAUUGGAAUGCAUAAGUUCAUGGGAGAGGAUUUAAAGUUCCGGGAGAGGAAGAAGUUCCAACAGGAACAGAACAGGGAGUGGUCCUUACAGCAGCAGCAGGAAUGGGAGAAAGCCCGGGCUGACCACAAAAUGGCAGAGGACUUGUAUACGCAGGCAAGGCUGCAGGCUGAUGAGGUGGCCCUGCACCUGCAGAAGCUGCAGCUCGCCACCCAGAAGGCAGUCAAUGCAGCUGUGAAAGAAUUCAAUAAGAACCAGGCCAUGGAGUCAGCCAAGAGGAAAAGGCAGGAGAAGAAACAAGAGCAGGAGGACAACUUGUAUGAGAUCUCCACCCUGCUGCACAGGGACCCGUUCUCCGAGAGCCCGGAGCAGAUGUCCGGCUCCUUGGGGCCCUGCCACGUCAUCCCCAGCUGCUGGAGGGGCAUGACCCAGGAGCAGCUGCAGGAGGCCCGCCUCACUCAGAAACAGCAGAUCCAGGAGAAGCAGAGGCUCCAGGAGGAAGAACACCAGCGCAACAUGGACUGGGACCAGCGGAGGACCCAGAGGGCCCGCGCCACCCUGCUGCAGGAGCGGCAGCAGCAGCGCCUGCAGCGGGACCUGCGCCGGGCCCUGGACAGCAGCAACCUCUGCCUCGCCAAGGAGCAGAGUUUGCAGAAAAAACACAAUGAAGAAGUCUAUAAAAACCAACCCACAGGAGACUAUUUUGCACAGUUUAAUACAAGAAGCCGAUAAUGGAAAAAAAUCCCCCCUCACCCCACUUGUUUAUGAAUAAAGUGCAGCCGCCACUCAGUCU